UUGUUUGACAAAUAAACUUAUCUAGUUAUAUCUUUAUCUUUACUGUUACCACAGCCACACACCGAAAGAACAUUUUUUUUAUGGAAUAAGCCGGUAAACGAGCAGACGGAUCACCUGAUGGCAUGCAAUCGGCGCCGCCCAUGGACACCUGGAACACCAGAGAUGUUACAAGUGCGUUACCGGCCUUUUGGGGUUUAGGAGUUUGAGGAUCGUUGGGGAUUCAGGAAUUGGAGAGAUUGGGGAAGGGGAGGGUAAUUGAGCCUCCGGUAACCUCGCUCACACGACGUAACACAACGCAAGCGUUGCUUCACGUCGGUUUUCUGUGAGGCCGUGGUAUCACUCCGGUCGAGCCGGCCCAUUCGUGCCGAAGCAUGGCUCUCCCACACUUAAAAUAAAACUUAAAAGAA